CGAUAUCUCCAAAGCCUCAAAAAGCCUCUAAAACUAACCACAAGAACCACUGCAAAAACCGCCAUGGGAGAACUCGACGAAGCUUUUAUCCAAGCUCCAGAACACAGACCAAACACUCACCUCACAAACUCCAAUGAUUUCAUUUACUCCGACGAGAUCCCGACCAUCGAUCUCUCUUCUCUCAGAGAUCCCGAUCAUGACAAGACGGCGAUCGCGGCGGAGAUUGCAGAGGCAUGCAAGAGAUGGGGAUUUUUCCAGGUGAUCAACCACGGCUUACCUUCGGAUUUAAGGCGUCGUGUAGAGGAGGCAUGUGCUGAGUUUUUCAAUCUAUCGACGGAGGAGAAGAGGAAAGUGAAAAGAGACGAAGUGAAUCCUAUGGGUUAUCACGACGAGGAACACACCAAGAACGUUAGAGAUUGGAAAGAAAUUUUCGAUUUCUUCUUGCAAGAUUCGACGAUAGUUCCGGCGACACCGGACCCGGAAGAUACUGAGCUCAGAAAGCUCACGAACCAGUGGCCUCAAAACCCUUCUCAUUUCAGAGAGGUAUGCCAAGAAUAUGCAAGAGAAGUUGAGAAGUUAGCUUUUAGGCUAUUGGAACUUGUCUCCAUUAGUUUGGGUCUACCUGGUGAUCGGUUAACCGGUUUCUUCAAUGAGCAAACUAGUUUUUUGCGGUUUAACCAUUACCCUCCCUGCCCGAACCCCGAGCUAGCAUUAGGUGUUGGACGCCACAAAGAUGGAGGAGCUUUAACCGUCCUGGCCCAAGAUAGUGUAGGUGGAUUACAAGUUAGUCGUAGAUCGGAUGGACAAUGGAUCCCCGUGAAACCGAUCUCGGAUGCUUUGAUCAUUAACAUUGGCAAUUGUAUUCAGGUGUGGACAAAUGAUAAGUAUUGGAGUGCUGAACAUAGAGUGGUGGUGAACACAAGCAAAAAGAGAUUCUCAAUACCAUUCUUCUUCUUCCCGUCACAUGAAGCCAACAUUGCGCCAUUGGAGGAGCUUAUAAGUGAAGAAAACCCGCCUUGUUAUAAAAAGUACAAUUGGGGAAAGUUCUUUGUUUCAAGAAACAGAAGUGAUUUCAAGAAGCUCGAGGUUGAGAAUAUCCAGAUUGAUCACUUCAAGGCUUAGUUAAUCACAUUAUAUCCUUAUGUUGAUUUCUCUUGGUUCUUUUCAUAUAUGGUUAAUCAAGUUCAGAUUUGUUUUUCUGUCUUUAAAACUAAUAUGUAGUUUUUCUUCCUGAAUAAAUGAUUCACAAAAUG